CCCAUUGAUUAUAUAGGUUCUUAUGGAGAUCCUAAAUCUCCAAAUUCUUUGCUUUACAAUAAUCCACAUUAAAUGGAUUAAUAUCAAUCUGCACUUUAUUAAGUAUCAGAAAUAAUAUUAAAUUAGGAUUUUGAAAAGAAACAUGGAUUUAGAGGAGUUCCUCAUUUUUUAAACUAAAUUAAGUAGGAAGCAAAUCAAUAGUAUUAAUUUUAAAUUAAAUUGAAAGUUUUCUUUGGACAAUUAAUUUCUUAUAACCAGAAGUCUUGGAUUAAAAGGAUUUAUGAAUUAAUAUAGUGAUGCUUUUUUUCUAAUAUGUUACUUUAUCAGGAC